UGAUAUAUCUCUGUGUCUUCGGCCUGACCAGCACAGAGACUCCAAGUGAACAAAAGGAAUGACAGUCCCUUGGCACCCCAUUAGCGCGCUUUGAUGUGAUCUUGUCCAGCAACUCCUCGAAGGGAGGGCAGGGACCUUGUCUGGUCCAUCUCUCUGUGCACCUGGACUUCGCGAGUAAUACAUCCUGAGAGUCUAAAGACCCCAGGAGAAACCUGAGCCAACGGGAAUGUUGGGGGUUACCCUCCUGCCUUCAUCACGGAACUCUGAUCCGAUGGUGGCGGCAGAGUUCCUGUGAGUGUCUGAUCCGCCUUUGCGAUCAUUAAUCAUUCGCUCUGGGCCACACAGGAGGCCGGCAGUGACUGAGAGCAGCCUCAGCUCCACGGAGCCGUUUCCUUCCUUAAGGCACUCUGUUGACUCCCUGCCUCCCAGAGUUCCUUGAGGUUCAGGGCCUUGUCUGAUCCUUCUUUUUCACCCCAUCUGUUCCCACUGGUGCACCGGGGGCGGAGGCGCCUGGAGGCAGGCACUGAACAGAAACUAUGCUCGGGCUCCCAGAGCGCCCUACGUUGCCUCCACUAGAACACCCUGAAUUUUGACCAUGCGCUGCUCCGGGUUCCUUGGGAUACAGAGGCCGCACGCAUCUUUGCGUCCCGCUGUUCCCAGCAUAGGCUUCUGAAGGCCAGGUCCUGCCCAGAAAACACAGCUAGAGCGCCUCCGGGCCGGGCCAGUCUGCACUGCUCAGGUGACCAGGCGGGAGCUGGGCACACCUGGCGCGGUCCCCUGACCCCGCCCCGGGCCGGGCCGCGCCCGGAACGCGGAAAGCUCUCGGUCGGAGCCAGCGGCGGCGGCGGCGGCGGCGGAGCACGGCCAUGGCGGCGGCGCCGGCGGUAGGCGCCUCGCAGGGGGCCCCGCCGGGCGCACCGUCCCCGCCGGCGGGCGCGCCGGUGCCCUCGUCCGGCCUGGGCCGCUGCCGGAUGGCGCUGCUCCUCGCCGUGGCGCUGGACGUGGCGGGCAUGGCGGCGCUGCUGACCGGCGUGUUCGCGCAGCUGCAGGUGCGCGGCCGGGACUUCGGCGACCUGCUCAUCUACUCGGGCGCGCUGCUCGUCUUCCUGAGCCUGCUCGGCUGGAUCCUCUGGUACACCGGCAACAUCGAGAUCUCGCGCCAGGAGCUCGAGCGCGACUACGGCCUGCGGCCCUCGGCGCUCGCCCGCCUCGCGCGAAAGCUCUCCCGCCGCUGGUCGGCGCCGGCAUCCUCCGCGGCGGGCCGGCGCGCCGUGCCCGGCUCCCGGGGAGCGCGCCGCGCCGCCCGCACGCCCCCGCCGCCGGCCGCCGGCUCCCGCCGCGUGCGCCUGCAGCUCGCCACUCUCGAGGCCGGGCCUGGGGCAGCGGGUGCGGGCACCGAGUGAGCCCGAGGAACACACGGCCCCGCCUGUCAGGACCCGACUGAGACGUGCAGCUGCCCCCAGCAUCUGCCAGCGGCCAGGAUGCCUACCUGCCCUCCAUCUACCCUCCCCCGGAUAAAUGGCUCUGCCUCACA